AUGUUCAAUAGAAGAAUCGCUGCUAGUGCAAUUUCUAUCUCACGCAUACGAUUACCAGUGAGAUUACCAGGCCCUGGUGCUCCAGCCUUGAUACCAAUCAUAUCGAGAAACUUUCACAAUGAUGGAAUACCUAAAUCCGAAGUGGAACCUGCAACAAGAAAGAAAGUAGCAAUGGAGGAGGCGGAAAGACAUACGAUUGAGAGGGCAAACGAAGCGGAUGCAAGAGAGAAAAUUGACGCAAACGAUGGGGAGAGAAAAGAAGAGAGGAAGAAGAGGAAAACGGUUGCUGAAAUGGAUGAGGAGUUAAUGGCAAAGAUGGAGGGCAGGGAGGGUGCAGCAGGUAUUUCGUAUGACGGCGGAAAGCCGGUUACUGAUGGGUUUGGAAGAGGUGUGAAAAGUAACAUGUUCAGAGUUAUUUGAAGGGUAAGGUUUGAUUUUAAAGGAACGAUGUAAGAGGGAAGUGGAUUGGAGAGGAAAUUGUCAAAGUCAUAGGCCUCCAGAGCUCAUAAGAUUCGAGUUUCGAUGCCCAACAAGGAGAAAAUGGUUCGGCUACUUAAUCGACAUGUUAGAUUUGAGACUAUUAUCUAAACUUUAGGCAAUCGUGGAGCGUUGGAAUUUUUCUCUUCGAGAAGAGCAAUGUAUGGGUACAUUUUGAAUAUAUUGAAUGGCAUUCCGAGUUAUAAAAAUAUAGGAUU